CCCUUUUCUGGCUUUCCUAUUCCGCAAAGAUCCUUCUACUCUCCUCACGUUUGAAGAUUAGGGUUGUUGCUGUUUGCUCCCAUGAACGGAACCUUCAUGCGUUAGGGUGUUGUUGCAACUUGCAACUCCUUCCGGGCUUCACAAAAUUGCUUCCGCAAGAAUCACGGUGCGAUUCUUCUCUAAUUCAGACCCGAUUCACGGUUAUAGGUUGUGUCCUUGAAGAAAGAUUCGAAGCCAUAAAGAAAAAAAAAAUUGUUUCAAAUGGCGCUGGUUGUGAUCUGUGGGCAGCCAAGCAGUGGGAAGUCCAAAGCUGCCAUUUUUCUGGCUGAAGCUCUGAAAGAAUCAGAAUCAAAGCUUCAAGUGAGGAUCAUAGAUGAAGCAUGCUUUCAUCUUGAUCGAAACCAAAGCUACGCGAACAUGCCUUCGGAGAAGAAUCUAAGAGGGGUGCUCAGGUCAGAAGUGGAUAGGUCCCUAUCCAGAGACAGCAUCAUCAUAGUGGAUUCCUUGAACAGCAUCAAGGGCUACCGGUACGAGCUAUGGUGCUUGGCUCGCGCUGCCGGGAUCAGAUACUGUGUGCUUUACUCUGAUGUUGAGGAAACCGUUUGUAGGAAGUGGAAUGAGGAUCGCAGGGAGAAAGGAGAAGCCUGUUAUGAUGAUUCAAUAUUUGAGGAUUUGGUGAGAAGGUUUGAGAAACCAGAUAGGAAAAACAGGUGGGAUUCUCCGUUAUUUGAAUUGUGGCCACACAGAGAAGGGAUAGAGAAAUCUUCCCCUGCCAUUGUAGAUGCUGUCUCGUAUUUGACCAAAAAGGUGGACUCCAAAACCCGGGAUGUGAAGAUAUUGCAGCCAACUAUUGCAACUCAAACCACUCGUUUUUCUGAUGCAAAUUCUCUCUAUGAGUUGGACAAGGCAACACAAGAGGUCACAAAUGCUAUAGUAGAGGCACAAUCUCAUGCUCUUGGUGGACCACUCAAUGGAGUUUCUGUAGGGAAGGAUUUGCCUACAGUCAACAUUUCAAGGGCUGUUGGGCUGCCAGAGCUUCGCAGGAUGAGACGAACCUUCAUAAAGUUGACAGGGCAAACGAGUUUAAGUGGGCCACCUCCUCCUUCUGAUUCUGAGAGUGCAAAAAGAAUGUUCAUUGAUUACUUGAACAGGGAGCUAGGAACAUCCUGAAGACAAAUAUGUGGUAGUCUUGCAAUUCAGUUUAUAUAUGUGCUAAAGUUUGUCAUGUUUGUACCAUUAGAGAUCUUGAGCUGUUUUGUUUACUUAGCAUUAUUAUUGAAUAAGCUGGUUUUUUUUAA